AGCGAAUAAACGCUUACCCCGCAUUCCGGUGUGACUCUGUUAUCACAAUCAUAAGUCCCACCCCUUGAGCUAAGCUUCAGGACUUAGCUCUUUGUUAGCUAGUUCUACAGUAUUGAGUUCUACUAUGCAACCAACUCUUCCAAAGUACGACAUUGGAUCCAUAUACUGGCUUCCAGCACGCGAUAAGAUCCCUCUUGAAAACCUUUACGCAACCAUUCACAUCGAAUCUGGCUGCUUCAACCACCCCGCACUCAUCCUCUGGGUGAAUUCAUCAGGGACAGAUGCCAUCAUACUAUUAAUCACUUCAUUUGGAGGUAAAGACCUUCAUGUUCGACAUCCUCACGACACUCGUGCUCGUUCUCUCCACCUUCCAAUAUAUCCUAGCAAUACCCACCCAGAUAAUGGAUCCCGAUUGUUCCUCAAGGACGAUGCUCGACUCCACCGGAACAGUUAUGUGAAGAUUGAACACCAACGGAAUGUCAAAACAGUGUUGCUCGUACCUCUCCGUCGUGGAGCCUGCGCUCUCAGGAAGGACUCAUACAAGCAGCUUGUGAGGCACAUCUCCUUUCAUCCUCCAAUUACAACACCCCACCAGAGAAACCCCAGCACGCCUAACAACUCACGGGAUUAUGGCGAAUUGCCUGGCUUCGUUGUCCCGGCGAUCGAACGGCGUGUGAAGCCGCUUCCAGAUGGGCAUGUCCAGCAGUCACUUCCUUCUCGCCCAAUCCAGCAGCGCCUCUUCCCUCUCGG